AUGUCUUCCCCUAAAGUCAUCGCCGUUUUUGGAGCCACUGGUGCUCAAGGUGGGAGUGUCGUGCAGUCUCUCCUCAAGAACCGGUCUGGUGCUUUUGCCAUCCGCGGAAUCACCCGCAACACCGGCUCAGACAAGGCCAAGGCCCUCUCAGAACAAGGUGUCGAGAUGGUGCAGGCGGACGGUCUGGUGAAGGACCAGAUUUCCAAAGCACUUGAGGGCGCUUGGGGUGUCUUCGUGAACACCAACUCUGAUGAUCCUGCUAUCGGGCAGCCUGACGGACCCUCCGAGACUGAUCUGGGUAAAAUCAUUAUUGAUGCCGCUGUUGAGGCUGGUGUCCAACACUUUGUUUACAGUGGUAUGGCUUCGGCGUCCGAGACUACCAACGGGGCCGUCCCAAACAAAGGUUUUGAUGAGAAACAUGCCGUCGGAGAGUAUGCAAAGACCAAGUCAUUUACUUCAGUCGCCAUCGUUAGCCCUGGGUGGUACCUGGAGAACCACCUCGCGGAACAGCUCGCACCCCUUUUCGGAGGCUUCCCUUUCUCGCCGGACGAGGAGGGUUAUCUCACCUUGAAGUGCCCUCGCUGGGGAGGGAAUGAGGAAAUUCCCUUCAUUUCCAUCGGCGAUGACUAUGGUGACAUCGUGCAUGGGGUUUUCCUCUCCCCCGAGCUCUACAACGGACAGCUCAUCCAGGCCAUUAGCCAGAGUGCCACUGCAACCCAGCUUGUUGAGGCUUUCCAGAAGAUCACUGGGAAGAAGUCUCGCUUUACCCCGCUUGAGGACUGGCGAUCCUUUGAGACGUAUGGCGACAGGGGCCUGGAGCUUGUGAAGUACAUGUUUGGGUUCUGCCAGUAUUCCGGCGGCCUUUACUACGGUGUACCCAACAAUAUGGCUCUGGCUGGUCAGCUCAAGAGUCGGGCUCAGGAGGCCCAGGGCAAGGAUGGGGGCCUCAUGACGCUUGACGGGUUUUUUGCCCAGUAUUUCUCUACUUGA